GCUGGCAUGGCUUUCACAAAUGUUUCCAAUGAAUUCAUCAAGACAUCGGUAGACGUCUUUAAAGUCACAGCUGACCGCACUCUGGGAGACCUUGAGUCCUACUUUAUGGCAGUAAACGAGCAAAUUGAAUACAUGGUGGACACAGAAUAUGCAUACGUUGACGGAUUAUUGACAACAAAUUUAAAAGAAAUUGGAACAGAGAUUGGUGAUCCCGUAGCGGAGUAUUUGCUUGAUGAAGCUGGCCUUCAGGAAGUGAUCGAUUCUGUUUCGACUAUUUCUUCCACUUUUGAUGACAUGGAGGAGGCACUGAAUGAGAUUGAAAGUCUUCGUUCACAGCUGAUCAACCAGUCUAACGAGUUGGAGAAUGAACUGAACCAGGUGGCUUCAGAUCUGAACGCGAUCAAUGCAGACUGUGGCAAUUGCAUACCAGACGUAGACCAACUUGUAAUCAAUGUGAACUAUACUGAGUUGCCAUCGGUACAGCCACAAAUAGAAGGAGUUGAAGAGGCCAAUAAUUUGACUAAAAAUAUCACUCAAGAGAUCAAUGCUGUUCUUGAUGACAUUCCAAACCAAAUCAACACAAUGACACAAGAUGAUGUCCAGGAAGCUUUGGACCAACUUGAUAAAGCAGAGAAAGAAGUCAAAAGCAACUUUAAUGACAUCAACAAUACAAUUUCAGAUCUUGUUGGAACACUUUCAGAUGCAAAAGGAACGUUGGAUGACUCUUGGGGAGAUGUUGAGGUUUACCAGCAAUAUGUAUACUAUGCCCUGAUAGGUGUGACCUGUACAGUCCUGUUGAUCAUCAUGUUCAACCUGAUUGGUCUUACCAUGGGCACCUUCUCCUACAAGAAUGUCCAUCCUAUGGAGAGGUCUAGGAUGUCCAAUGCUGGUGGCAACGUCCUCAUGGCCGGUGUGUUCUUCACUUUCUUCUUUGCCCCGAUCCUGAUGUUGAUAACAUGCAUUGCCUUCAGUGUCAUGUCUGUGGCAACUCUGAGCUGUGACCCUCUGUUGUCCUAUGACCUUCUGAGAAAGACUAUUGAUGAGCCCAACACGAUAUCGGAAGGAUACUAUCUGGGAGACCUGGUAUUCCAGGACUCAUCCAUCCCGCUGACUGCUUCAGGGAUCUUGACAGAGUGUGGCAACGGUUCUACAGCUUACACCGCCUUCAAGCUUGAUGCUCUGUAUGACUUUGGCAACCUCACACAGCAACUGGAUUUUCUUGAGGAUGAAUUCGACAAGAUCAUCAAUAGUAUCAAACCCAAUAAACUCAACUAUGACUUCCAGUUUGGAGACUUCACAGAUGAUCUUGAUAAACUGAAAAAUACUACAGACUUGGGUUCAAUCAACUACACUCAGUACAAUGCACUGCUGAAUGAAGAUAUCACUGGUAUCAACCUAACUGAGUAUGCAAAUAAUCUGACAGCAUUAGCUAUUACUCACCCAGCUCAGGGUCCUAAUAUUAGAGCAGCAGCAGCUGCCAUCACGAAUAUCCAAGUGACUAUUGUUGAACCAAUGGAGGCAAAUGCAGCCGCAAUAUCGAGCCAACUGAUGACCAUACAAGCUUUAGAGACCCAGUUGGACUCACAGAUCAACCUGACCAAUAUUGCCAUCACAGAAGCGGAAGCUGCGAUAGAAAGCAACGUUACCUCAGAAGCGAUCAUUGACAUCAGUGAGGAGUAUGCCAACAGACUUCUUGGCUAUGGGACCCAGUACUCUGAACAGAUUGAGAAUCAGGUUGAAAAUGAAUUUGCCAAGUGCAAGCUUAUUUCAUCUCUUUAUGACAGCUCUAUUGAGUUUACAUGUGACUACCCUAUAGCCUCAUUGAACACAUUUUGGUUCACGCUUGGCUGGUGUGUCUUCUUCUACGUCCCAUCCAUCAUCGCUGCCGUCAAAUUGGCCAAGUACUACCGCAUCAUGGAUGAAGACGCACCCUACCGCGCUCCAAAGAAAUCCAAGAAGAAGAAGAAGCAACAGCGACGGGAUUCCGAUGAAGAAAUGCCUAUGGAUGAUAUGGAUCAUGGAACUGGAUAUGUUGCUCCCAUGCAUGGCAAUAAUAGACACCAACAAGUGGUAGGACCAGACAACAUACGUUUGGUAGACAACGGGCGACCGACGAGUAUGAUGCCUCAGCAAAACCCACAUUAUGUGCAAGAUGAGCCCAUCUUGGCGUAUAAUGACCUAGGUCGCCCCAUGGCUCCUCCACCAGCCUACAACCCCGGUCGAUCAAAAAUAGCAAGGAAUAAGUUGGCCGUUUUCAAGGAAAUGUUGAAAGAUCAGGAGGAGAAUGCUUUCGCAGGCCCAAGCACAUCGUCGGCAGGUGGGGCCAGUCACAACGGAGUCCUGUUUGGAACGUUUGGAGACAGACAGAUGUCAUUUGAAGAGGGAGAAUGGUAUCAAUUCCAGAACACUUCUAAUAUGGCUAGUGCACUGCGGCGGUCCAUAAGCAGUAGGCAACCGUCUUUCGACGACCGCAAAUCCUGGUCCCGUCAGCAAUCCAGUAUAGACAGAGGAUGGCUAUGGGGAAGGCAGCAAGCUAUAGAUGAAGACCAUUUAAGCCCAGAUACAGGCCUGGCACACCGUAGUAGAGACUCCUCAUUUGAAGAUGUAUUCACAGCUAGUGGGAGAUUUAGUCCCAUGAUGUAUCGCAUGCCCUCUGACCCUUUCUCUAACCUCCCCCCUCCCCCGCCCUCCCUCCUCUGUGCAGCCAUACACCAGCACUCCUCUGGAUACUACCCCCAGGAGCCCUCCCCACCCCCUCCUCCCCCACCCCCAAUCAUCCCCAUCUACUCAGUCCCCAACAACCUCCUAUCCCCUCCCCAGCAAUUCAGACCGUCCGGCCGUCGCUUGGUCAGGCAAUACAGGACCUCGGCUUCCCCCACGUUGCCGAUACGCAUCAUCCCUCCCCCUCCUGAUUACCCCCCAGAGCCUCCCAUGAGCGAUACAUCUUCCCCGUUGUCCAGUCAAUCCCCACCCCUGCCUCCCCCACUCCCUUCCCCUCCCCCAUCACCCCCUCUCAUUGCGAGUUCUCCCCUCCCUAGACCGAGACCUAUACCCCCUCCCAGACUCUCUGUUAAUGUUGAUUAAUGAUUGUCACUAAUUUUUGUAUCCCCCCCCCAA